AUGGACAGUGAUGUGGUGUCUCCAGGUGAGCAGACCCUUCAGGAGUUCCAGACCUCAGUCCUGAGCUGUGGAGACACAUCCUCCUCAGACGUCCUUUGCACCGGGGUCUUCACUCUGGACCAGGUCAGUAUCCACAGAGGAGGAGGUCACUACUGUGGAGGCUCCCUCAUCAACAACAUGUGGGUGGUGAUGCCAGUGAAUACUCUGUGGUUCAUCGGGCGUCAAAGCCAAAAGGGCCCCAACCCCAACGAAGUGAGUCGCACCAUCACUCAGUUCAUCAACCACCCGGACUACAACGAGGCCACCGUCGAUAACGACAUGUCACUGCUCAAGCUGUCCUCCUCCGUCACCUUCACAGACUACAUAAAGCCUGUGUGCCUGGCGGCCUCCGGCAGUGCCUUCCACAGUGGCACAGACACCUGGAUCACAGGCUGGGGGAGCAUCAAGUCUGGAGGUGAGACGUGGUAA